AUGCUGUCGCUACUGUCACUGCUGCCGCUGCUGCCGCCGCCGCUGCUGCCGCCGCCGCCGCCGCCGCUGGUCCUGCUUUUGCUUUUACUUCUCCUGCAUGACAGUUGUUUCCCCCAUCUGAGCAGACCCCAGUUUCCGAUGCUCGAGGUGAGAGACAUGCCUUUCAGUUUGGGCUACUGGUUUACUUAA